AGUCAUUGUUGUCAUAUGACGCAUGACGCAUACGGCGUAAUCAAGGAUUCGCAAUUUUGUAUUUUUACCUCCUUGUUUUAUUCUCAUUCUGUAAACGUUUGUAAUUUGCGAAACUGUGUUUACGAUUGUCUCAAAUAUAAGUGUACUACAACGAAACAAUUUAAUUCGUUGUACGGACGUUAUAUUGUAAAUUUGACCUUUCAGCCGCUGGAAAAAUCUGAAAACUGAAAUGACAGCGCCACCGAUCUACAACCCUAUCAUACCAUGCGUGCACCCGAUCCCCGGGGGGAUAUUCCCCGGCCGCAUGAUCCGGUUGCAGGGUAACACCCCACCCGGCGCUCAGAGGUUCGCAAUCAACUUGCAGUGCGGUCCCAACACGGACCCGCGCGACGACAUCGCCCUCCAUCUCAACUUCCGCUUCGUAGAGAUGUGCGUUGUACGUAACCACCUCACCGCCAUGGAGUGGGGCGUGGAGGAGCUCGGCGGCGGGCUGCCGCUGUCCAGGGGCGACCAGUUCGAGGUGCUCGUGCUGUGUGAGCCGCAAUCGUUCAAGAUUGCGCUGAACGGCGUCCAUUUCACGGAGUUCAUGCACCGCAUUCCGUUCUCGAGGGUCUCCCACCUGACCGUAGACGGCGACGUUGGCGUGCAGUUCAUAGGCUUCGAGGGGGCGCAGCCAGGACCACAGCAGGUCUACAUGGCGGAUCCGCCCGCGUACGGGUCGUACGGAGCCCCCCCGCCGGCUUAUGGUGCCCCUGGGUAUGGAGCCCCGCAAGGAUUCCCGUCUGGAGCGCCGUAUGAGGCGGGUGCACCGUACGUGGCUCAACAAAGGAGAGGCCUCGGCACGGGAGCCGCGGUCGGUCUAGGCGUGGGCGCGCUGGCAGCCGGCGGGCUGGCUGGGUACGCGCUCGGCGGUGGCUUCAGCAGUGACAGUCCGCCGAGAGAGGAGGUAAACGUGGUGGAAUUCUCCGAGAGCGCCGACUUCGGGGGCGACGACUGGAUGGACUGAAACCGGGGACACAACCUUCACAAUGUUUCCAUAAUCGUCACCCUUGCGAUCCUCUUCGUACUCAUUGUCAUUAAGUUCACUUUAAUAGCAUUUACACAGAUUGGAUUAUGGCUGUUUGGAUGAACGACUCGGUUGUUCAUAUCCCUAUCAAUUUUUUUUUAACCACAGAGAAUUAUUCUUUAGAGCGCUCGUAAGUUUUGCUUAUGCUUUUUUUUUAAUGGAUGAAAAUGGAAUAGUGACCCCGCCUGCGCUAUCGGGAUAAGUUGGCAGGGCACCAGUGAGGGAAGAUAGGUGAGGAUGAAGCAGGUCAGUUGGACCAUCGUGAUGAAUUCAUCAGGAAUUAACCAUGAUAGUUUCGAGGCGAAACCGCAUCGAACUCGACUUGUUAGGGUAUGUUACUACUAAUGAGUCUGUUGGAUCUCACUGCUAACAAUCCCUGUCCCCCCUUUGCUUAUGCACUUUUCCAAGCUUUGUUUUUGGUUUUACUUAUGGUAGUGGUAUAAUACUGAAGACUAGGCAGCAUGGUCUCCGACCUUAGCCUGUUCCAUAACAAAACAAACGUACUAAAAAAAAGGAAGUGUGGCGAUGUCGGAAUUAUUUGUCAAUGUUAAAAAAAAUUAAUUAUUUUCAUUAUUUCUGACUAAUUAUUCAAAAAGAGCUAUGCUAAAUAACUUAAACGGUAAUCAUAGAAUGCAUUGCAUAUAAAUCUACCACUAAACUCUUUACACCAAUUUCAUAUUUUACUCCGACAUUUUUUAAAUACAUUAUUUACCAUCAAAAUCCAAUUUUACAAUUACAACUUAAUAAGAAUAUGAUUGCUUAAAUAACGUUUCAAUUCGUUUGUAGAAAACUCUUAAAUAAUCUACCAGAAAAAUGUUCAGUUGUUUUAAACCAAUUUCAAAAACGAGUAUUUUUCUUCAAUGGAUGGAAUGGUAACCGCGUCUGUGCUAUCGAUAAACGCUGUCGGGCCACCAGUGAGGGAUGAAAGGGCAGGUCAGUUAGCUCAUCGUGAUGAAUACACCUGGAAUUCAGCACGAUGGUUUCCAGGGGAAACCACGUGGAGGUCGACCUGAUAGGGUAUAUUGCUGGCAACGGGACUGAUAGUCCGCAUUACUAACAAUCCCUUAUUAAAGUGGAGAACAGAAAGCGAUAUUAAAUAUUAAAAUACGUAUAAUAAGCAGAACAAUAUGUUACAAUCAACAAGAUGCUUAGCAACGAACAUUGUCAUCGAUAGACACAGAUAAUUAGGUCGUAUAUCUACAACUCAUACUGCUAACAUCCCUUUCCCUCCAAAAGAAAGAGGUUGUCUAUUUUUUUUUUUAUAUAUAUAUAUAUUUGUUACCUCAUAACUCCGUCAGUGGUAAACGAUUUGGAAAAUUAUUCUUUAUCUAAAUAUUGGUCCCAUAGAAGAUUUAUUAAAAUCCAUUUGGUAUUUUAGUUUUUAAAACAAAAUAAUUUGCCACAAUAGAAGUCGGCUUUGUUUGUGUCAAUCUAAUUGUUAUUGAAAAAUUAUAUAUAGUUAUAAAGUAGCCAGACUUCGUUAUGAACGCUAUACUCUGUUAUGUCCAUGGUACUGCUCACGUCUAUAGGCGACGGUUACCACUUUCCAUCAGAUGGGCCGUCAGCUUGUUCGCCAUUCUAAGUUGUAUAAAAAAAAUCUAUUCUCUACGACAUAUUUAUUACUAAAAUGCAGAUCUGUGUUUUUAUAAUACAAAUAAAAUUAAAUGGAGUUUCCAACGCGUACAUAAAAUUGUAAAUUUUGACCGUGUAAGAUCUCAGUCUUCUAUAAGCCAGAUAAAAGACAACGCCGAAAUUUAAAAAAAAAUUAAAAUAAUAUAUCGGUUUUCCAAUCUCCAUUAAUUUUUAAGCGUCUUGAAGAUAAACAAGUAGUAAUCUAUUUUUUUUUGAUGGUUGAAAAUGGAAUGGUAACCCCGCCUGCGCUAACGGGAUACGCUGGCGGAGCACCAGUGAAGGGUGAUAGAUGAGAAUGAAAACAGGCCAGUUAGCACAUCAUGAUGAAUUCAUCAAUUAACCAUGAUAGUUUCCAGGGGAAACCGCGAGGAGGUCGACCUGGUUGGGUAUAUUGCUAGCAAUGGGAUUCUUAGACUCCAUUACUAACAAUCCUUAUCCCCCCAGUAGUAAUCUAUUAAGUAUUAAUUUUCCAUUUGCAAUAUAAAUUAAAUAAAUAUAUUACAUAUUUUUCAACGAAUGGAUGCGUUGUGAUACGGGAUUGUUCUUUGUGCCAGCUAUGGAUUAAUUUAUUGCUCAUAAUUAUGAUUUUUUUUUUUGUUAUGCAUGACCACGCACGGCGGUACGAUCGUACCGCCAAACCACGAUAGUACUUGUUUAUUUAAAAUAUUUCACUGUAACACAUUUUAAUAUAAUCAAAAUCGUGUAAUAAAUUGUUGAAAUUAAUGAUAAUAAUAAAUUUUAUCUAAAUGAUAAAGGUUAAAUAAAAUUAUUCAAAUAUUUAAAAUUGAUAUUGAUCUAUUUGGCGCGAUUUUAUUACGUAGCAGUAUUUUUAAUGUAUCGAUUUAGAUACUAGGCCUUUGGCCAUAUCCUAUGAAAGUUGCCAUUAUGAAAAUUUAAAGAACGCGACGGAUAUAUUUGCAUAAAAAUAACCGACCAAAAUAAUGGGUACGUAAUUUGUAAGUGUCUACCUAUGUAUACUUUGCCCUGCUUUUAUAAAAUUAAAUGUUCAAUUAAAAAAAAAAAAUCUAGUGUAGCUAGAUUAAGGCUUCAGCGAAAUUAAACAACAAUGCUGAAAGUUGUCGGUAACUAAUGUUCUUUAAGAAAAAAAUAAUAUUUUAUCUAGAUAAAGAAAAAUUGUUAGUCUGUGAUUUGUACCAGUAUUAAAAAAAGUAAUGGUAUUUUUGUUUUUACAAACAUGCGAUUUCAUAAAAUAAUAACAACAUUUUCACAAAAUAAUAACAGUACAAGAAGCGAUACCGCCGAUUUCUGUUUUGCAAUUUCUAAAAGUUUUUUUUAGGUAGGCCUGGUAUUGCAAAUUGUGCCUUAGUUAUACUGGGGUUGAAAAUCGUAUAUUUCACAAAUUAUGGAUAAUAAUAACACAUCUGCAAUAAGUCAUAAGGCAGAUAGCAUCUAUUAGAUAUUGGACUAAUAUUUAUACUUAUUCUGAGGCAACAUUUCUCUAAUCUGAAUCUAUCUUUUAACUAUCUAUAUUUUAACUUGAUUAUUACUCGGUGUUGCUGUUUUGUGAACUAUCAUAAACUAAAUAAUAAUUAUGACCUAAAUCUAUCAGAAAUUUAGUUAUUGAUUUUUAAAAUAAAAAGAUUUUGCUGUGAUGUCAAAUUGAAAUUUUAAUUUUAAAUACAUGUAUAGAGAAACGAUGCCUCCUAAACGGUCCAAUUAUUUCUGUUAGUAGGUGUUUUACGUUACCUAUAUAUAAAUAUAAUGGGAUUAUAUAUCGCUGUUAGCGAUUAAGUAUUACUUGUUAGUUUUCUAAUUUAUUUUUAUUUUUUUGUCAUAUUGUUGAUUGUUGAUUAUUUUUGUAAUAUUAAUAUCAUUUUCUAAUCAUUUGUACAUUAAUCUUUAUGAUAAAGAUAUGAGGAAGCAAGUACAGAUUAUUAGGUGCUAGAAAUGUAAAGUGUGUAUUUCAGAUUUAAAUAUAUAGAAAUUGUUGUUAAAUAUAUAUAGUAUGUAAAUUUUAAAUAAAUUAUAUCACUUGUGUGGCUUAACACGUUUGAUAUUAUUUCUUGUGUACGAUUGUAAAAUAAAUACGAUGCAAAAUCUA